UGGGGUCCAAACUCGAGCUGCAGACUGGAGAGAAGCAUGGCUCCGCAGCGUGUUUGCAUGCUGGCCCUGGCGGCUGUGCUGCUGCUGGGUAUCCCCACAAACUCCAGAUCGAAGGGCCUGGGGGACCAGAAGCAUCAGAGGGGGUCGCAAAUCCCUUCUCAGUUCAGCCAAGGCGAGCGCUUUGCGAUGAAGGAAGCCCUGAAAGGUGCCAUCAAGAUUCCAACAGUGUCUUUCAGCCCCUCCAUGUUUAAUGCAACAGCCCUGGCCGAGUUCGGAGAAUACCUUCGUUCAGUCUUUCCUACAGUUUUCAAAACCAGGUUUAUCCAGCAUGAAGUCAUAGGAGAAUACAGUCACCUGUUCACCGUCCAAGGCUUGGACCCCAGCCUGCAGCCCUACAUGCUGAUGGCUCACAGUGACGUGGUGCCAGCCCCUGACGAAGGAUGGGAGGUGCCCCCUUUCUCCGGAUUGGAGCGUGAUGGCUUCAUCCAUGGCCGAGGCACACUGGACAACAAGAACUCUUUAAUGGCAAUCCUGCAGGCCUUGGAGUUCCUGCUGAUCAGAAACUACAUUCCCCGAAGAUCUUUCUUCAUUACUCUGGGCCAUGAUGAGGAGGUCUCAGGCCACAAUGGGACUCAGAAGAUUUCAGCCCUGCUACAGGCAAGGGGUGUCCAGCUAGCCUUCAUUGUGGAUGAGGGUGGCUACAUCUUGGAUGGUAUCAUCCCCAACCUCCAGAAGCCCUUUGCCAUGGUUUCAGUCACAGAGAAGGGUGCAAUUAGUCUCAUGCUGCAAGUAAACAUGACUCCAGGCCACUCUUCAGCUCCUCCAAAGGAGACAAGCAUUGGUAUCCUCGCAGCCGCUGUCAGCCGACUGGAGCAGACGCCACUGCCGAACAUGUUUGGAAGCGGACUGCUGAAAGAGAUGUUACAGGAACUGGCGCCUGAGUUUCCCUUCCCUACCAAUAUAAUCUUGAGCAACCUGUGGCUAUUUGGGCCCCUUGUAAGCAGGAUAUUAGAGAGGAAUUAUAUAACCAAUGCACUGGUCAGGACCACCACGGCACUCACCAUGUUCAAUGCAGGAGUCAAGGAGAAUGUCAUCCCCCCAGUGGCCCAGGCCAUAAUCAACAUCCGGAUUCAUCCUGCUCAGACAGUCCAGGAGGUCCUAGAACUCAUCAAGAACAUUGUGGCUGACGACAGGGUCCAGUUCCAUGUAUUGAAUGCCUUUGACCCCCUACCUGUCAGCCCCUCUGACCAUCAGGCCUUGGGCUACCAGCUGCUCCGCCAGACCAUACAGUCUGUCUUCCCGGAAGUCAACACUGUUACCCCAGGUGUUUGUAUUGGCAACACAGACAGCAGACACUAUACAAACCUCACCACUGGCAUCUACCGGUUCAACCCUGUCUACCUGAAUUCUCAGAACAUCAAGAGCAUCCAUGGACUCAAUGAGAAAAUCUCAGUCCAAGCCUACGAGACUCAGGUGAAAUUCCUCUUCGAGUUUAUCCAGAACGCUGACAUAGCCCUGGAGCCGGCUCCUCACCUGCAUGAACUGUGAGGCCAAGGAGCCAUUGGAUUAGGGGUGUCUGACCUCAGCCAAGACUAACUCUAAGGUAAAGCUAACAAGGAAACUUUGGGUCAGAACCAUGUGAUGAUAAAUUACCCCCCACCCCCGCCGCCUUGCACACUCUUGGAUUCACCAAAGAACAGGCCAAGGAGUAGGGAAGAGCCGGCAGAAAUCUGGCUUCUCCCUUCCUCUGAACAUCUGCAUCCCUAGGCUGACUUACUGCCUUCUUGUCCCGAUCUUAGAAGUUCCCUGGCUUGUCUUGUGCUGGCUAUUUAACCCCACCCCUUAUAAGGUCAGACUUAACAAGUGCAGAUUUGGAAAAUCUCAACCAGGUUUUACCUUCUAGAAAUGUUUGAGUUAGGGCAUGCCUGCCAGGCUGCCUUCUCCGUUGCUUAUAUAUUUCUUUUGCUGUAACUUCCUUUCUCUCUCCACCACCUCCCUUGGACUUUCUGGCUGGCUCUUGGUCCUUCCUCUCCUGCCCCUGCAUCCCUUCCCCUUCCCUCCAAUUUAUUCUAUGCCUGGAGCAGAACUCAGUCAACCUUAAUACCACUACUGUAAUCACCUCAACAACUAGUCAAAUAAAGUGAGCUAUGCAGCA